CCUUGUCAUAUGUCACUGUCAGGUCUAAAUUCCAAAUUAUCGGUAUCUUUGUUUACAACUUACAAGUAUACGAAUAAUUUAAAUUGUUUAUGAAAACAUAUAAAAUGGCUAGUGUGUUAAAUCCCAGCAUCACAAAACAACCUUUGAAAAUGAUAGAAGUUCCUCUAUCCAAAUUCUCUGAAGAAGUUAUCCCCCAUCACCAAAAAGUUUUUGAUCAGUACAAAGCAAUGAUACACAAAAAAAUAUCUGUCAAUGAUACAGGGCAGCUCAAAAAAGAAGUGAAGGACAGAAAGAGGACAAUAAAGCAGCUUAGAGACCUAAUGUAUGAAUUGGAUACAUUGAGAACUCAAGUAGAGGAUGAAGACCUCGAUAAAUUUGAUCUUAAAACUCUGUCACUAAGAAAAAUAUUAAUCAACCUCAUCAAUGGAUAUACAGGGUUGGAAAAGAGUGUAGACAAAAUCUUAAAUGAUAGUAAUAUUACAGAAGAGAUACAAAAAGAAAACUGUGAUCCUUUUGAGGGAACUUCUCAAAUACAAAUUCAGGGAAGUCUUGAAGAAAUUCGCCUCAAACAGAGACAAGACCAGCUGAACGAAGUGGAGAAUAUCCAUAAAGAUGUUGAAGAUCUACACGAAAUGUACCAAAGCCUUAAUGAAAUUGUUGGAACACAGGCCGAGUUAGUGGAAAAUGUUGAAAAAAACGUGGAGUCUACCCAACAAAAUGUUGAAAGUGGAGUCCAAAGCUUGGUUAAAGCCCAUAAAUUAAAAGCUGUUGCCUAUCCAGUUACAGGGGCUUUUCUGGGUGGCAUGGUUGGUGGCCCCAUCGGCAUGGUCGCCGGAGUAAAGGUGGGGGGAAUAGUAGCAAUAGGGUGCGCAAUCGUUGGUUACACUGGUGGUAGGUGGUUCAAGAAGAAACACAGUGACAUCGUCAAUACCGUGAAAAAGGAAGAAGAUGAAAUCAAUGACGAGACUGUGCCUGACACAUCACUCAAAAAGGAUAUUUGACAGCAAUGUCAUUUAUGCUAGUUUUUUUAGGUAUUAGUUAGGUUUUAUGAUGAGGUUAUAUGGAAUUAUCAAUUUUUACGAUUGAUAUCAUAUUUGGGAAUCUUUGUGGAGAACAAAAGAAAGCCUUAUGGAAUAAUGUUAUCUUGUGGAAGGCAAGUGUUGCCUGCUAUUUUAUGUUUUAAAUAUAUAAGAGCUAAACUUGACAAAAAAUUAUGUGAGUGAUAUAUUUCUUUCAAACUGAAUAUUUCAGUUGAAAUCGAACGUUACUUCAAAACUUGGUGAGCAAAAAUAAAGUUAUUUAGGAAUGUUGAUGACAACACAUAAGUUCGCUUGGAGAUUGUAAUUAACUCCAGGUUUGUUCAACACGUCAAUAUUAUGAAUGAAACUAAUAAAUGUUCCUUGAUUUCAA